AUGGUCCAGAACAUUCCUGGUCACAUGACUACUGUGACAGACCCAGAGAAACUGCUUCAAGAGAUGGAUGUGAAUCGGUUACGCGCUGUGGUGUAUCGGGACUUCGAGGAUAGCAAACAGUCGCAGUUUCUGGCCUUAACAGUCGUGUACUUCAUUGCUGUAAUGAUGGUGGCUAAGUACAGAGAUCUCCUUAAGUCUGAAGACUCUGAUGCCAGAGCAAGAUUUCAUACUAGUCCAGGUGCGUUUCUGAUAUGCGAUAUGUUUCGUAGCGAAAUGAGCCUCGAAAAGUGGUGCUUCACCUGAGACACCGAGAAGUGAGUUGUUUAACGAGGUAGAGUAGAUACUUUAGAAGUGACUUCAAGGUUUAGGGAUAACAGAUUAAACACUCUUUCGAGUUUAAGGGGAGAAGGAGUGGCGUAGCGUAGCCUGCGAACAUAGCCACUUGUACAAGUUUGAAAAUUUUGCCGGCAAACCCGUGCACCCGGUGCGGAAAAUGCUUUCCUCUCGCCGAGAAGCAGUGUGGCCAGGGGUUUCGAGUCCCGCCUGGACGUCAAAAAUCAAAUAGGUUUCGAUUAGCAAAGAAAAUCUUUAGUUUAAACUAAGUUGAACUCAAAAUUUUUCUACCUUCAAACUCUUUUCUUUAUUACUUUUUGCACACUAUCAUUAAUAGUUAUGUUUAUUUUGCUUUAUAUGCGGUAAUAAUUCUUUAUGUGUUGUAAUAGUUUGCCUUUUGCCUGUAAAUCUUGUACUUAUUAAUUUUUAUUGUCAUUGUAACUUAGCAGCACAUUGUAACUCUCUGACCUACGCCAUAUAAGCCUCUGGCUUUCGCAUCUUGUUAUCGUUAACUUGUGCUUUGUGUACUUAUUUAUCAAUAAAGAAAGUUGUAAGUUGCAGCACGCUUAUUGGACACUUCUUUGCCGUUGUUGCCGACUACGACUUCAGUCUUCCCGAGUUUCAUGUUUUAUGGAGGACGUGAACACAAGACCACAAUUUUUCUUCUUUUUUUUCUGUCCUUUAAAAUCAACACCAGGAAAAUUCCCCAACAGUAAAGUAAACAAAUUGUAUGAAAUUAAAUAAAGAGUAAUAAAGAUUAAGUGACGUUUUCGCGUUUCCGUCGUUUUUGCUUAAGUUCUAUAAUAACUACACAAUGGCAUUUCAUUUCAGGUCCUCCUGCGUCGGAAAGUGAAGUUCAAGAUGUGGAUAGCCGAUCACGAGCCGCCAGCUGGGGUGGUCAGCGGAGUGCUUCUGCAGAUGUGGAGGAGGAUGUAUUCUCUUGGGACGAGGAACCGAGCAUGCCCAGUUUGCUGAAGGGCUCAGUAGACUUUAGCCGGUUGAGUUUGUCGGAGAAGUUGGAGAUUGGAUUCAAGUCUUCUGGGUCCCUCCUCAAGGAAGUGUUGUUGGACUUCAGCCCCUUUCUUAGCAGGAUCCUUAUUGGCAGUCACGGACAAGAGCUGGUUUUAGAGGGACUUUCUUGCCAGAAGACGGACUCUAUUGUCGAGCUAGUUAUGUUGUUGUGUUCUCAGGAGUGGCAGAAUUCUCUGCAGCGGUAAGCACGUCUUUUUUUGCUCCCACCCCAAUCUCCUCGCCCGCCUUUAUUACUCAGCGCGCCCAACCAAAACCGCCAUGCUACGCAGGCUACCGCUGGGUUCGCCUCUUUCUUCCUGCUCGCCCCUUUACUCGCCUCAGUUUCUUUCUCCACUGAGGAGCCUGGUCCCUAGCAAGAGUUAGUUAUCAUAUUUAACAUUUUACGUUGCGUGAUCGUGUAUUUCGGUGAUCCAAUAGCAUCCUUCAGUGAUACACUUGGAGUACACAUUUACUUACAACUGCAUCGUUAGAUGUCUAAUAGGUAACUUGAGAUCAGCCGGUCCUUCUUCCCUUUUUCUUUACCCGUCCUCCUCAGAAAAAAAAUAAUUAAAACAAAAUAAAGUAAAAAAAAAAAAACUGAUCGCAGGUUAUCUGCUAGGCUGUAUGCAGGCUCGCUAUCCUCGCCCGAAAGGCCUCCAGAGUGAACCAAGCGAAAUGAUUUGCGACAGGAGAGAACUGUAGCCCUUUUCACUCGCAGCUCGCUUUGCUGGCAGAUAGAAAGCUUUCUUUAAGGUUAGAUGUCUGAACGAAAACUUACUGAAAAUUCUGUGUUUUGAAAUCUUAAACAGGAAUGGAGGAAUGGCUUUUAUGGAGCUGGUCAACGAAGGACGACUUCUGUCACACGCCAUGCGCGAACGUAUCGUCAUGACAACCAGCGAGGCGUUUGUCAUCGUGAAUAAACUGGAGGAAAUUUCCCGGCAAAAGCAUAUGCAGUUCGUUGAGCUGUGUCGCUUAACCGAAGCCACGUACUGCGAAAACGACAAAUUACAGGAUCAGCUUCUCCUUGCUACGAAAAGAAGAGACUUUUCGGUCGCUAAGAAUGUCAUUCAAAAGGUGAGAGCCUCUCAGGAUUUACGGUAAUCUCGCCACCAACGAAAUCGCCACCAAGAAGUCUUCUGACUGCCACAUAAUAACUCUACAAUAGUUGUCACAGUUUACUUACCUAGGAUAUUGGCCAAGUUCUUUUUUGCUUUUUUUUGGCCGAGAAGAAGUCGUGGUCAAUAAAAACGCAAAAAAUGGACGAGGCCAACAUACAGCCAUCUUGAUCGCGGGACCAUCGCGGGAAAUCCCGCCCAUCUUGCCCGCUCGCGGAUUCAGCCAUAUAAUAGCGGAGCUCCACGCGUGGGCGGAGCCCCAUAGCUAAGUAAAUGGACCCAUUUCGGAAAAUUUGGUAUUCACGUGACCGUACAGCGACCGACCGACCGUCCGUCCGCACCACAGGCAUACCAAUGUAAAAUAACUCAAUCAACAGGGAUGGCGUCCCAAAUGCAACUCGAGGUUAUUUUGGCGGGAAAUCGCAUAGUCACCCGAGUCAUGUAUAGCAGACACAACUAAAGAGUCAAUAAAGACGAAAACGGAAAGCAGAAAUUGUUCCUGUAUCCGUGUUUUCUGAAGUAUUAAUAUUAAGCUUAAACUAAUUGUCAUGUGCACAAAUUUGGAAUAUUGCUAAUUAGAAAUAUUAUUGUUUUUCACCGUUCUCCGGAGUUGCCUUCGCUGCUUAGCCUUACACGAGUUUAUAUUUUUUUGAUUCGUUAACGUAAAAAAUAGUAUCCUUUUUGCCAUGACGGGUCGCUUGAAUUACAGUCGUCAUCGCUGUUUUUUUAGCCUUGGUUAUACCCUCUUCACAAAACCAUUAGCUCAUUUACCUUUUUCUCUUCUAUCCGUUAACAAGCCUAUUGUUAGCUUGUUUUUUUUUUUUCCAACCCUGUUUUUCAAAGCUUAAACUGAGUACAUGUCAGCGGUUAUUUUUUACUUGAACAGGUACUUGAUAUAAUAACCAGUGAACAUGGCGCAUGGGCGGAGGAGCAGCAGCCAUCAAGUGUGGAGUUUUACAAACUGGACAUGUGGCAGGAUGGCAGUCGACGGCGCAUGCAUUUUGUCAAGAAUGAGUAUGGCUCUAGUCAUCCAGAAGCAACACUGUUGGAAGGAGUGGAGGGUAAGCAGACUCGUGUAAUCCAAGGGGUAAAAAAUCCAAAUAUAUGAUGAUGAUUCCUCUAAAAGCAGCUACACCAUUAAAAGUUCUCCACUCUCUUAAGUUUUACUAACCUGCACCAACGUCAUAAUUAACAGCACCGAAGGAAAGCACUGUUUAGUAGCAUUCAUUCAAAUCCUCAGUCUUUAGAAUUUUACCCACAGAGCAAUAGGCCUAGAACCUCCAAUACGGCUAGCACCAGAGGAAAGUACUACUUGGUCAGUUGCUUCCAUUUAAAUGUGGUACCGCAUAAUUGAUCGCAGCACGGGAAAGUACUGCUUAAUCGUCUUCAUACACAAAAUGCUUCUGUAGAUUUAUGAAAAAGUUAGCAAACAAAUUCCAUCCUAUCACAGUAGCCGUAAUAAUUGUUUGGUGAUUUUCGCGGGCAUAACAUUAAAACUUUAAAAAUUUACUUCCAUCUUUGCUAUCCGUAGCAGUAGACAAACAGGAAACAAUUUCAAUGCCUAAAUGUAGCGUUAAAUGGAAUUCAAUCGAUGUGAAGACACGAUUCAGCUUUUUAAACAAAUAGCAAAUAGCAUGACAUGACCCCUUUACCUGCCUUGGAGUUGCCUAACGUUUGCUUUUAACCUCCUUUAUGAGCACUGAAUCCCUCUUCGGCGAUGACUUUUCGAUUGAUUCUGUAAGAAAAAAAAAGGAUAAGUAAGUCAUUAUUUUUCAACUUUACUUCUAGGAGUAAACCAUGAUGUCUCAGCAAGCCCGCAACAUUUAAACUUCGCUAAAAUUUCAUCCGCCAAAGCUGAAGACUCGUAUUCUCUAGACGAAGAAGAAAUCGCCGAAAUGAUCAUCGAGGAUCGGAACCUGGGCCGAGAUGUUUCGGGUCACGUGGUGUUCACGACCUCCUGUCAUUUAAUUGCUCCGUGUGUGGUCGCCCCAGGUUCUUUGACCGUGACCUCUGAGGCUUUGUUCUUUGCUGUGGAUGAGGAAAAUCCGGAAUAUCAGAAAUUGGACCCAAAGGUGCGUGUGUUUUUCUUUAAGACUUUGACGGCAAUAUAAAAUUUCCCCUUCAUUGUUUAAUAUUUACCCUGUGCAGCUUAUUGGGGACCUCAAGCAACGAGAACGACGACGGCGGCAGUGAAAACGUCGCCAAAUUUGCUUUCCUUCAAACUUAAUCGAGUCCACUUGAACCAGCUCAAUAUGUCAAAUGCAGGCUACUUUUCCUGGAGUUGAAUUCCUAAGGAUUUUAUUCGGGUUCAAAAAGAGGAAGGAAAUUUCGUUGUGGUAUGUCCACGUCCUCCAUAAAACGUCAAAUUAGGAGGCUUCACGUCGUAGUCGUGCAGUGGACGUCAAAGAAAUGUACUAUAAAGCGUGAUGCACGUGCAGAGCUGUUGUUUUGAUCAUUAAACCUGUUGUUUUUUGAGGUUGUCGUUGUGGUCGUCGUCGUAGUUGUUUAAGCUCCCUGUUAUUUAGCAGUUAACCGUCGAGAGAUAACAAUACUCAAUCUAUGGGAUUUUUGGCCCUGUGAAAGAGAAAUGCGUUUUCGAAACCUCCUUUUCGUGUCAACAAAAACGCGUCGAAUGCUCUGUGUCCUUACGAACGUUUUUCGCUUCCACUUCGACCGUUCAAGAAAUUAAGCGAUAGAACACGAACAUCUGGCGAUACGUUCUCGUUCCCAGGUUAUUCUCGAAUUAGAAGUUAUCCAUGCGCGUUCUUUGAAUUGGUGAAACGGGACGCGCUUAUUAGUUAAACCUUAAAUAGCAAGCCUAAGGUGCUAUUAAGGUAUCUGCAGAAAACACUAGUUGUUGUGGUCCUCAGACAAUCUCUCGCUUCGCUGCCAAAGUUUCGCUGUCUAUGAACCUUACAAUCUUUUAGCAUUAUGUUUAAGAAACCAUAUUUUAAGGAUCAUUAUAAAUGCCUUUUUUAGUUAUCUUUGUUUUAAUAAUAAUAAUAAUUUACAUGUAUAUAGCGCAAACCUCUAUAUGAAUAUAUUCGGUUGCGCUUUACAACACCGCUAUAUUAAAUUUACGUUAAAGGUGACUAAAGCAUGAGAAACUAUUAAAAACUACAAAAAAAGUAUUAAAAACUAUAAAUUAAAAAAAAAACCUAUAAUAAAAGGCAACAAUUAAAUCUAUUUAAUAGCUAAAUUGAAAAAAUGACUUUUAACAGCAGUCUUAAAAGUGUCCAGUGUCUUCAUGUUGCGAAUUGCCGAAGGUAAUGCAUUCCAGAGAUAGGGUGCAACUGACUGGAAUGCACGAUCGCCAAGAGUUGGAUGGGUCUUAAUGCCUGGUAACUCGAAGAAUAUAGACUCAUUUGACCUUAGAGAGUACCUGGAUUGCUUUUUGAUAGUAAUGAAAUCAAUUGAGCUUGACCAUGUAAGCACUUAAAUGUCAAAAGUAGAAUCUUAAACUUUAUACGGUAAUUUAUUGGAAGCCAAUGAAGGUGGAAAAACAAUGGUGUAACAUGGCAGAAUCUAGGUGUUCUGGUGACCAACCGAGCCUCGGCAUUCUGUAUCCGUUGGAGUUUCAUGAUAUGUGAAUUCGGGAGGCCAUAUAGUAGACUGUUACAAUAAUCUAUUCUACUGGUGAUAAAAGCAUGAACUAAUGAUUCGGUGACUGAACGACUUAAAUAUUUAGAGUAAUUAUACAGCCUUGCCACCCCGAUACUCCCUUGCCACCCCGUUUUCUUGUAUCUUUUUUUUGUUCUCGACCUAUACAUCGUUUUCACUCACGUUUUCAGUGGCUAUGCCAAUUUCUCGAGAGGAAAGAGUUCAGUAGGCCAUUUCCGAGUUUCAAAUUUUCCUGUGAAAAUGAGGUUUAUUGGCUGUUAGCCUCGCUUUGAAACUGAGGUUUGAGGCAAUUCGGAAUUGACCUAUCGUGACAGGAUGUUUUUGGUACACCAACAUGUCCCCCGUGACGUCAUGUGAAACGAUCUAUUGAUAAUUUGAUUGUGAGGGCGUGACCAACUCCAACUACAAGUCACAUUUAAAAGUCGUAAAAUAGUUUCAUUCCCCGCUUAGCCAAGAAGCCAAGUACGAAAACUUGCCUAUUGCCUUCCGGCUUCGCAUAUAGACGUAAACAGGACGAUUUUGGUAGCUCUUGAGGGAGUAUCGGGAUGGCAAGGCUGUAUAAUUACUCUUAAUAUUCCCGGCGCUGUCAAUCUGUCCAGUCGUCCAGUCUAUACUCGAUAUCAGUCGGUAACAGUUCAGAUUGAUCGUAUUUCAUAAGGGAUCAAUGGCCAAUCGAUCCCCCUUCGUGACUUGAAGCGAUUGUUUCCAGUAUUACUUUUUUCUCUUUCAGCUACUGAAUUUUUAUUACACCUAGUGAUUAUAACAUUCAACAACUGUCAGUUUGUUUACUGUUUGUUGUUGUUAUUAUUAUUAUUGUUUUUGAAAUCCCGCACACCCCAUUUCAUUCAUUCCCGUAUUUUUGUGAAGUUUGCGAGUCGAACAAAUUUUCCAACUCUAAAUUUUAUCUCUUGGAGCUGUGAAAUAUUUUUAGUUUCCCUGACAAAAUUCUUCGAUCUAAAAAACAACCGACUAAGGUUUACUUUAUGGUCAAGGGCUUUUAAUAAAUAACAUUCCUUAGGCUCAAGUGAAUGCAGUUUAUUUUCCACGGCAGUCGGUAGCAAAAUGAUCUGCUCAUCAGUAGUAAUGUUAUUGUAACAGCCUGCCACUAAUGCACUAAGAAAUUUAUACGAAGAGCUCAUCCUUUUUCCGUUGACGUAACACAUGAAAUUUUUUGGUUAAAAAAUGAAAGCCCCAGUUUUGUCUGUCCAGCUUUGCCUUGAUCGGUCCUCGGGGGCUUUCAUUUUGUAUCGUUGCGACUUCAGUGUUUCUCAUAUUCCAGCUUGAUCGGCGUCGAAAAAUCACUGAAAUCAAAGUUGCCGUCUUGGUGAACAUUCUAUGUGUAGCCAACAGCACACAGUGAAAUAAUUUCGCGCAGUUAAAAAAAAAAAAACGUGCCAACAGUCCUCAAUUGUGAAAUGUCGUUGAUGAAUUUGUAGACGAUCCUUUAGAGUAAUCAGUUGCUCUCACUUCUGUGUUUUGAAAAGUUUUUAUUUUUUCCCAUUUUACAAAAAGGGAUUUUAAGUAUUUCUUCUUGGUUUUAUUGUUUUUUUCUAGCGGGAGCAUUGUUAGAACUUAAGAAUUUUACUGCUACAGUUACUUAUUUUUUGUUCACGCUUUAUUUCACAGAUAUAACAUGCUAACAUCUUUUUUAUUAUCCAGCCAAAUUUAAUUACUCUGUUCCAUUAAUGCCCCCUCCAGUUUCGAUGAGCACUUAACAAAUGGUUCUUUAAAUUGUCUAGAUUUUUUUUCCGUAUCUACUCAUAACAUUUUCGCUCCCUCUCUUUGAAGAUGCCGCUUUAAUUUUACUCUACAUUCUUAACAGAUUUGUGAUUAAAAGUCACGCAACUUUCAAUAUUUCGCUCUCACAUUAGUUAAUUGCUUUUUUUAUCUCAGUGGUAAGACUUUCGAGCAAAUUAAAAAGUAAGUGCUUUUCGAUAAGAAAGAUUGUUAAAUAUGUCUUUGUUUAUUUCAUCUAGAAAAGAAAAUAGCCGUUCAACAGGGACUAACCGUAACUUUAAUUUUUAAAUCAGGCGUUUUUUGUUUGUAUUUUGUCAUUAUAUUAUUACGCAUAUUUUAUAUUUUUCCCCAAUAGCUUAAAAGUAUGCCUCGAAAAGGGCUUUUUCCGAUGAUGACCUUGACUUGUGGGUUCACCAAAUGGAAAUAUUGUUUUGACAAAAAAGAAGAAUAAGAAAAAAAGAAAAACGAACCUUUUAACGAAUUUUUCCUUUAAAAUAAAAGUUUGCUAGACCCGGUACAUACCUGUGUGACGUGAUUAAAGCCAGUUAAAGAAGGACGAUUUAGUUUAAAUGUCCUUUGAUGACUUUUUUAGUUCUGCCGGAAUCAAGACCCUUAGGCUCGCUAAAAUUAUCUACCCAAAAGUUAAAGUUGCUAAAUAAAUAGUACCAUGUGAAAGUACUGCUGAAGAGAUUUCAUUUGAAUGGUAACACCACAGGAUUUCAUCCACAGACUCAAAAGUUAGAACUACAAACUAAAUAAAUAGUACCAUGUGAAAGUACUGCUGAAGAGGUUUCAUUUGAUUGGUAACACCAUAGGAUUUCAUACACAAACUCAAACGUCAGAACUACAUACUGAAUAAACAUGUGAAAGUACUGUCGAAGACUCCAUCAAGGACUCUAGCAGUGAAAGAAAGAGUUCCCUUUGAAUUACGUGAUUCGGUCUUAUUUUUACACGACAAAUCAAGACCUCCAAUUGAUUUAGAAAUGGUGGAGGUCGUUCUGUUGGUCUAAUUUUCAGUGUUAUUCGAAAAGGCGAACAUUUAACUCUCCUGACGUUGGUAAAUUUAAUCAUUAGAAGACAUCAGAUUGAGAUGUAGUUCUUCGGUAAUGACCGUUUCACUUAAAACAACGUUCUCUACCGGAGAGAUUUUUAAUUAAAUAUUUUAUUCAUCGUUCUGUGUAAAGUUUUAAUAGUGCCUUGGUAUAGACAACAAAUUAUUAAUAAUAAUUCCUCUUAGAUUUUUUUUUGCUCUUUUUUUUUUAUCAUCAGAACAGAGUUUCUGUUGCGUGAUUUGGUUCUGGUUCUGGGAAUAUUUAUUAUUCCUUUUUUUCUUUUCAUUUUAAUACAACACCAGCCGUUUUUACUUGUGUUUUAAUAUUAUAUUAGCUGCUUGGCCGGUUUUUUCUUCUUUUAUUGCGAACUUAUCCUUACGCUAAGCUGGCACGCGGCAACUUGAAUCAACACGCCUUGAAACUGACAGCUUGUCAUCGCCGUGCUUUGAGUGGCUUUAGUUUUAUUUUGAGUCACGAGCAAAUAAUAUCGAUGAAUGUUUCAUCAUGAAAGCAAGCAAUUAUUCGCUCUGGUUAACCUGUUAUGUGUCGAAUUUAUUUCAUAUUUGCUUCUCUUUAUGCAAUAAGCGUUUGGCAUUUUCAUGGACCGGCGAAAACUUUUCGCUUCCUCUGCUAGCUAGUUGAAACAGGUGUUCCAUAAUGAGGUGUAUAUGGAGUGUCGUCAAACGUUGGUUUUCCUUGAGGCGGGUGAUUUCAAGCCCGAUUACAACAAGUUAGCUUCAUCUAAUCCUUUGCUAAAAAAUGGAAGCGUUAUGAAAAAGCAGAAUUGGUUGUUUUGACGAAAUAUUCAAGAUGUCCCGGUGCCUUUUGCAAGCAGUUAGAGCUAAGAAUGGGACUGUUUUGAUUCAAUGAGUCCUCGACGAGAGAGAACGCGCCAUUUUAUCAUUCGAUAAGGACAAUUGAUUAUAAAAGUUGAUAAACUGUGCCCGGAGGCCGAUUUUUAUAUUAACAAACAACACUUGACCGUAUUUGUUGUGAAGGCCUAAGCGUUUUCUUCUGGUCUCCUUGUGUCAGUAAUUAUCGGCUUUUGAAAGCACACACUUUCAAUUUUUGUUGUCAAAAAAUUGUGGAUUUGAUUAUAAGGAUUUCGUUGUAAAGGAUUGCACUUGUCUGCUUAUUUUUAAUUUUUAUUAUUGUCAUUAUUAUAGUUUGUGCUACUUAACAGUCAUUUGUAACCCACAAUGCAAAGAAAUCGUGAAACUUUCCUAUCACAAGGCUUUUAAUAAAAAGUUAUACUUAAUGGGGUUUAAUAAUUUUACUUGUCGGUUUGUUUUUCUGGCCUUCGAUAUCGUUGUCAUUUUUCUCGGAUUCCUUUUAUCCCAACCGUUGUUUGUUCUUGAUUUAUUGCUUUUUAUACUCGCCGCAGAUAAAUUGUGUUUAACGCAAUAAACUCGAGGUUAUUAAAACCGUAGCAAACAAUGAAUCUCGAAGGAGAAGAUGCUAAAUGGUUCUGUCUCGUCAGUUCUCGGCGAGAAAGUAAUUGUAAUGUACAGACUUGGAGCUUGGUUAUUGAAAUUCUCUAACAAGUCUUACUUUGUUCUUAAUUUCAAGUUGCGGUCAACCAAAUCCUCGGCUUGCCAUGCAAGAACAGUUGCCGAAAGUUUCAAUAUUUCAAGCAAUAAUAAAUAGUCAGUAGGCGGUCUAUGUUUAGAAAGUUUAAUAAGAUAUACAAACGGCUCGGCAUAUGGCAAAGAGAUGCAAAACGCUUUGCUUGAGCCGGUUUUGAUGUAAACACGCAGACAAAAAUUCGCUGGCCGAAUAUAUUCAGAAAUGUAUUCUGAGAAUGUGGGGAAUUUUCAAGUGCUUGCAUUUUGAAAGUGAAGAUCUAGGCGGGCGUGAUCAGGCUUUUGUGGGUUCGAUUUUUUUUCUUCCUCGCGGCUAAUAAUUUACUCAAAAUUACUGACCUCAUGCAUGCUGUUGGUCUCGUUUCGGCCUGGGUUAUUGUUAGUGGGAUUAAUAACCGCUGACAGGUUCAAUUGGUUGAGCUGUGGCACGAUAAUACUAUAUACCGGAAAAAGACCCCUCAUCCGUUUCAAACAAAACGUUUCGCCGUGACGGCUACUCGUGUGCGAUCGAUUGCGCCGGCUAUCGUUUUCUACAUGGCUUUCAUUUUUACCGAGCGUCGCAGUGGCUUACAAAAAUUUGUCAACACCAGAGUACACAGACGGAAGAGCGAACUCUAUAAAACCGUGGCAACCAUUUGCACAGUCGCCCAGGAGCUUUUAAAGCAUGUCGAGGCGCUUGAACCUCGAUUUAUAUCCUCACUGAAGCUUAUCGACGGAAGGUAUGAAGGUGUUAAAGUCCUCUCUCCACGCAGUUUCGAGAUCCAUUUGUAUCUUAAUCAAAUGGGAGUAUUUAAUUUCAUCGAUGAAGGUUGCCCACCUGGUUGCGCUAUGUUAAAACUCAGCGAUGAACGAAAGCGUUCCAUGUCCCUUUGGACGGAAUUUAUCACUGCUUCUGGGUAUCUUUCCGCAAGAAAAGUUCGCUCAAGGUUUACUUCUUUAGUCGCAGAGGCCAUACGACGCGGAGAACUUCAGAAUCAAAUUCGAGUAAACGUCGACAAUCAUUUCUCCACAAAGCUUACCGUCUUAGAGCGUCACACGGUAGAGCUGAUCCCAGCCUUCCGUUGCGGUUCUAUUUGGCCGCAAAACGGAUGCUGCUGGCCUAAUCGAGACACUAUAUGGCCUUCACAACCAAUUGUAGCAAGCAUAAAACUACGGGGGUUCUCUUUGCUUGCGCGCGAUCCGUUUCCAAGCGUUAAGGGUGCUAGUUCCGAAGGGGAUGCUUGGUUAUUAAACUUCAGUGAAGCGGAAGACAUGCUAUUCGCUACUGCAGGAAGAAGACUUUGUCUUAGCAUGUUAAAAACUUUGUAUGAUAAACAUCUGGACUUGCCUGGGAAACCCCUCGAAUAUGUGCAUUUAGUCAUGCUGCUGUUAUACGAAUGCGAGAAACACCCCAUGGAGGUAGAAUGGAGUGAUGAGGCACUUGUCGAUAGAAUCAACAGUACUCUUUUACAACUAGUGUCCUGUCUACAAUGUCGAAAAUGUCCCCAUUUCUUUCUAAAGGGAGUGGACCUGUUUGGAUGUAAAUCCAAACAGGCGUUAGACAGUGCAGCUAAACAAGUUUGGAAUAUUGCUCGAGACAUUGCAACCAACCCAGGAAGCUUUGACACUCUAUAGAGUAGUCAGGUGCCGUCUUUUAAUGGACAUCUUUAGUAAUCUUCAAGGAAAGGCACCAUCAUAGAUUGAAAUCUAGAUUGUGCUGAUAGAAGUCUUGUUGCUCAGACUUAAGAGUAUGCGGAUAAUAUUAAAAGAAAAGUUAUAAGUUUAAAACAUCAGCGACUUCUUUUGAAGUUAGCUGCAAGACCUGCUGAUAACCAAACGUGCUUUGUUCAUCGUAAGAACAAGCAUUAGACAACCCUUGUCAGCCGUGGCAGUGAUUUCAAUUUGUCACUACUUGUGGUAAACGCUUUGAGGCAAAAACAGUUCCUUUAGCCUUCCUUCUGGUAAUAUGUCUCGGCAAUUAAAAGGAUUUGUCGGGGUUGUUCACGUUAGGGUCAGGUUCGCAUAAACAGCACCCCCAAGGAGUAAACUAUCAAAGGCUGUAAUGAGAUUGCGGCCGUUGAGAUGUAUUUCACCUACAGAUUCAAAAAUUAUAACCACAAUAUGUAAUUUCUUUUUUAAGACAAGCAGUACUCGGUUGGUUUUACUUGAAUGAUCUCGCUCUAAGUAGAAGGCCCAAAAGUCACAUCCUCAAGACGAUGUAACAAUAGUUUAAGGUUUGAAUUUUAAGAGCCUAGGAUUAAACUGUCUGUUUCUGGCGAAAGUGACAUCAAAAUUUGCUUGUUUCCGUGUGAUAAAUAAUGGUUUGAGGAAAUUGAUUGCUCUCCAGUUUAAUUAAGUUGGAAAUUCAUAUUAAAAAUUGAACGUGGAUUGCAUAGCCCCAGGCGAAUUUUAGCAGAUAAAUAAAGAAUUUAGUCGAUACCGUAUUUUAACCGUUUGCUCAGGCAAGCAGACCUAUGAUUGUGUAAGCCUGUUUCACAAAUUAUCUCUCUUUGUUUCUAUGUUGUUUUAUAUUUGAAAUUUUCAGUUGCGAUUUAGAGUUGUUAUGAGAAAUAACUUCAGUUCUGUUCACCGGUGCUUGAAAAAUUGCUGUAUACACAUAACAGUCCAGCCUAUAUUAUGAGACAACACAUAAGUACAAAAAUUUGUAACUUGUUUUUGUGUGUUUGUGUUUUUUUUUUCUGAAAAGUUGAGUCGCUUGCUCUCUUGUGUCAAAAGUGUAAAGGAAAGAAAAAUGGCGCGACAAUUUUAAGCGAUUGUUGUUGUACAAGCGGGAUUAUUUGCUGGUAUACUAUUAACUACGUUUGCAAACAAGUUUCGAAAAAUCCUUAAAUAUUUUUUAUUCCCCGAUUUUCCCUUUUUUCGUGUGGUUAUAUUUAACUACGUAGAUGGAUUACAAAGUGGCAUUAUCAGCAUUCCUCUUUCCGUUAAACAUGCGGUUAAGUGUUUUCAGUAGCCAUGGAGUUUAUCCAGCUCAUGUCUCGUGUUGUCUUGUAUAUGAACCAAGCGUCUUUUCGUUUGCUGCAUCGCUUUAAAUUCCAAAACUGUUGAAAGUAUAUAGGAUGUUUUAUAAACCAAACAUACAAAAAGGCAGCUACUAGUACUAGUUCAGGGUUUUAUUUACAGACUCGAAAAGCGAAGACGUUAUGCAGCGUCAUAAAAAAGUAUCAGGAUUCCAUCAAGAAAGUAAGAAUGGCAUUAAACGACUCGGGAAAAAGGCGUAAUCGAUUAUCAAGAGUAGCUGAUUUUUGCUAUAGAACAUUUAGAAUAUCACAAGCAUUUAAGUUGCUCCUGCACGCAGUCUGGUACAUAGAAUACGUGAACUUUGCUGUAACUUGUAACCAGAUCGAGAAUUUAGCAUCGAAACGACUGCUAUAGAACUCGGCUAUUUUAUGAUAGUACUUGAACUUUAUCAAUAAAUAACGCAAUGCACUUCGUUAGUAUGCAGUGAACAAUGUUUAUAAUAACUAAAAAAAAGUUUUUUUCCUUGUAAGUUUAGGGUCAAGCUUAUAUUCAACGGAACCACGUGUCGAUGUGAUGCAAGACCAGCUGCAUCUUUUUCUUUCAAAGCUGUCUUUUGAAGGAAGUUAAAAAAGACAACCGGUUGGGAUUUUUUGUUUCGUUUGCCUCGUGGCUUUCCACUUCCAUUUGCAGUCUACCAAUAUCGAAUAAAAAUUUUCUAGAUGCAAGAGCCGUUUUCACUAAAUGCUCACUCUUAAAGUUAGUAGGACCACAAUUCAAAUUUUAAUAAACAGUACCUCAGGAAGGUAUUUUUCAUUUGUCAUUAAUGCUCACACUUUAGGAAGCUCCUGGACUUAUACAAUGUCGUAAGGGGUUUUGGAUGGGCUCAUAUCCGGUAGGCCUUACAAGUGCCUUUCGGAUUCAAAAACGUCUGGCAACAAGCUGAUAACGGCUAUACACAGAUCACCGUACAGUCUAAAACCUCAUUGUAAAGCGUUGUGACGGACCAAAAGGAUAGGGCGUACUGCUCAGUUAUACCACGUUGGUUUUCCUCACAUUUUGUGGCUUUCAGCGCCUAGUAACUUGACAGCUACAGCGUAGAACAGAAUUUCAGUCUUUAGGAGACUUGCAAGCCAUAAACGGGGGUGGGUGUGGGGGGAGCGUGGUCGGAUACUGUCACUGUUAAGCUUGUCUUUGGGGAGCAGUUUUACAUCAGCCAUUAAUAUGUUCUCUGAAAAGCCGAGACAAACGACAAACUAGCCUAUCGAGUUCAAUUUUCUUUUUUUUCUUUUUGUAAGAAAAAAAACUAUAAAUAAGUGGCACUGUGCAAAGGAAGUUUCAUUUGAAUGGCAACAUCAUAGGAAUUCGCCCACAGAUUGAAACGAUAGAGUGAAAUAAUCCGCAGUCCUAUAGUGAAAGGAUUGAUAUAACUGUACAUUUACACCUAAAGCUUAACCGUCUUCAUGCGCAGACGUGAACUACUAUUUCAAAACCCUUGUACCCUUGCCAACGUUCAGCUGGAAACUAUCGCAGAAGAGAAUGCACCACGAGAUACAGUCAACGCCCUCUUAAUACGGGUACUUUCUAUGGCUCCAUCGGUGUCCUUAUUGACUGGAUAUGACCGUAUUACAACUUUCGAUCUUUAUAAGCGGACUCUGAAAGUUCCUUACAAACUAGUAGCUGACAGUUGUCUUCCAGUACCACCUCUCCCUCCCGAACUGGUUUUUAACGUUGUGUGAAUUCCAAGACUAUGUGAGAAUGGUAGCCGUUGUUAUUCUUAACGGAGGAAAGGGACAUGAGUACCAAAGUCGAAGUUCUAAAUUACUCAGUAUUCAGCUUGACAAAACAAAAAUAAUAAAAUAACAGCGGGAGGGAAUACUGUUCAAUCUUUCAAAACAGUUAACCUCUUCAAGGGAUGGGGCAGUGGUGAGGGCGCUCGCCUCCCUCUAAAGUAGCCCGGGUUCAAAUCCCGGCGUCGACGCCAUAUGUGGGUUGAGUUUGUUGUUGGUUCUCUUCUUUGCUUCGAGAGGUUUUUCUCCGAGUACUCCGGUUUCCCCCUCCCCUCAAAAAACCAGGCGGAUCCAGGGGAUGCCCCCCCCUUAUUUUUCGACCGGGCCCCCCCUUAUCUGAAAGUCUGGAUCCGCCACUAAGAUUGUCGUCUCAUUUUAAUUCGCAAGGAAGAGUAAACCCUCUAAAAAUUGUGUUAAGGCCUAGAAGCGAUAGCUUGAUUUGUAGUGGUAGCCUUUCUCCAAUGUACGGCUGUAUAGCAAAUAAACAGUCCUGCCUGAUUAGUCCACUUAUAACAUGAAUUUUAUAUGAUUUUUACCCUAAGGCUUGUUUCACUCUCAUUUCCCCGUUUUUUUAUAUGAAGAAAUGGAAGGAUAAAUUUGAAGCGAGAGAGUCAAAGUUGCACGUUAACCCUUUAAGCCCCAAGGGUAAUCAGCAUCAAAUUCCUCCCUGUAAUAUCAAUGCCUUGUAAAACAGAGUGGUCAUGAGAAUUAAGGACAUGAUCACACACGAUGUAUUUGCUUGAUAUUUUAUCAACUUCUCCCACUUCUUCUAUAGUAAACGAAUAGGGGUGACAAAUGAGAAUUUUAAUUUUGAUCUUAGUGCUUAGAGGGUUAAGUGCCAUUAAUUUGAGAAAUACAAGUGAAGGUGUAUUUAACUACACUCUCCCCGUAAGUUGUCUUUUUCUUCUACUGGUAAACACAAAAGCACCAAGGGUUACUAAAAAUUUCGCCUCAGUUUUCUUUGAGACGAAUUUUUUUUUGUGAUAAAGUGUUGAAAUUUGUGUGCGAAGUUUAUAAUGAAGUUCUCUUGUUGCUAAAUAUUUAACGUGCAAAAUGAAUAGUGGAAAAGCACGUUCAAUAUCGUGAUAUUUCUUGCGAUAGUCAUGCAACAUUUUUAUUCUGGUCACACCCGCGCACAGGGGAACAAUAGCGUCGAUACUGGGCCAUAUUUGAACCACGUGGCUUGGAAGUAGUUCUCGAGAGCCUUCAAAUAUAUUUCCUAUCCGUUUUAAGAACCAGAAAUAAUUUCCUUGAUAUAUCUAUCACACUAGAGGAAAGUGUUUAGGUAGCAUUUAGUAGAUAGUGGUCUGUGUAAGAGUGGAUUCGCAACCACCCAAAAAGAUUCACAAAACUAUACAAUGAUAUACUGAUUUGUAGAAACUAAGUUUUUUCCGCACGUUGUAGCCUACAGAGCGUCAUUUUAAAUUUAAAAGUCGAGGUUGAGAUUAUGAAAAAUUCAAAUUCUGUACGUCGAAUCAUUGAGGAAACUCAAGUUUAGAUCCCUAUUCUACUUCGUCCUAUAAAGCUAUAAAGCUAUGCAACUAUGCAAUAUAUACGGCUUUAGAGUUGCCGUUUAGGCAUAGUUAAGUUUCCUCCUUGGAACUAUUGCCGGUGAAAAGGCACGGAGAGAUUAUUUACCUCGAAUGGAACCUCAGACUCUUAUCUCUUUCGCUUUUGGGCAAGACAAAAAACCCUCAUGUAACGGCGAAUGGCGGCACAUGAUAUCCGUGACGAUAAAAACAACAACAAAACGUUUAAUCAUACAUGAGGUUGAAUCAACUCACAAAUAUCAUCACAAAUAUCCGUGAGAAAUCCAUAGCACGAGAAAGAAAAACUGAAACAAACGACUUACAAAACGCUUGGGAAACUUGAAGAAAACCUUUGUGAAACUUCAGAUUAUUUCACGGUGGCCUCGUGCCCGCCAAUGCCGAGGCCCCGUGCACAUGCUCCUAAUAAACAAGGGGGUAAGCCCGCUGGUCAGGAUACCAGCAGUUACACCUCAUAAGUGGUAAUGUGUUGACUUGAUCAAUCAAUAAAUCAAUCCCAUAAUUCUUCGGAUUAAAUUUUUUAGGUGUGUAAGCGAGGCCAAGGCUGAGCUGGGAUGGGUAUAACUGUCAUCUGUCAUCUGUUGUUUUAUGUUUCUAAAUUUUUCACUUUGCAGGUUCUGGUGUAUAUGGAUUGCUUGCACGGCAAAUGGCCUUUGGAUGCAAUAAAAGCCGUAUUUUCUCGGCGAUAUUUGCUGCAGAACUGUGCAAUUGAAGUGUUUACCUCCACAGGAUGUAAGUACUUGCCAUAACGGCCUUUAUAUGUUCAUAAGGAUUUAUACAAUUCGUUAUUGAUAUCAAGUCCUAGCUUUUGCUUAAUUGAACUUAAGCAAGAACUUGGAUAUAGUUAGUAGAAGAGACUGGUUAUGAAAAGCUUCAAGCAUCAAAGACAAAAACGGUGUUGCAGUUUAUGUUGGGAGUUCCCUGAGGAUGUUAAUAAAACGGGAAGCGGGGAACGGAAAAAUGAAAAAUGGGAGAAAAAGAGAGAAUUGGAAAUGAAGUUAGUGAGAGGGCUAGGGCUGAAGUUAGAUUUUGUUUCCAUUUUUCAUUUUCCCGUUCCCCGUUCCUCGUUUUAGUAUUAUCCAGCUCCCUGACAGUGCACAAUUCUUUGUUUAUCUUUGUUUAUUGUCCACAAAUUGUGACGGAAUAAAAUACUGCGACGUUUUUAUUAGCCAAUAAUAUCAAAAUUAAAUUAUAGGAAUGCUAUUGAACGUUGUGCACCUUCAAGUCCACAAAAACUUAUGAUAAAGGCGUCUGACGGGUUUCUUUGCCAUUCCACUAUACUGACUAUGGUAUGGAGGUUAAGAAAAAACUAGCAGGUUUGGUCAGUGGAGUCAGAGAAUGUCCAGAAAACUCUAAAAUUCUUAUUCUUCUUGUUCUCUCAUAACUUUUUUGGCAAAUGGCCAAUUGCUUUCUUUAUCUGUUAGUUCCAUGACAAAGUUUUUCUCCUAUUGCUGUUUUUUGAUUUCACGUCAUCCAAAAAAAAAAAAAAAUCAGAGCCGUAAAAAUGAAAAAAAGAAAAAGUCCGUAUUCAGGGAAAUGAAAGGAGGUAAAUAUGCAAAGACCCUACGAAAGCGCGUAUUCAUCUCUUGAAGAAGUCGCCGUGUAAAUUCUGAAUCACGCAAAAGCCUAGAAAUUAGAAAUAAAGAACUCUUUCGAAGUGGAAAGUUGCAUAAACAUUUGGUUUUGCUGCUCUAAUACUUCAUGAAAGUAAAAACUCAGGAGGAUCAAUAAUUCUUUAGUUUGAAUUUUGAUGACGUCAAAUGAGAACCAGCAGUUAUGUGGGUUUAAUAUUCAGUCGAAUGUUUCCUCUGUGUUACUGGGCGUAGUACUAAGAAGAACAAUUGGUGAAGUAAUUUGAUAUUGUAUGCCCUCAUGGUGUUGCUUGCCGCUUUAUUCCGCAGCUUCUGUGAUGUUUAAGUUUAGCGAUCAUCAGACCGUGAGGAAAAUGGUGCGUGCUCUGCCGCCCGUUGGAGUCGGAACUUAUUAUGGGAUACCGCAAAGCAGGUCUCUUUACUGUUUUUUUUUUGUUGUAAAAUUAUUGAUAACUGAUUAACGCACCUUUCGAUUGUUCAGAACAGGCUAUUAUUUUCAGUCAAUGGAACGGCAGGUCAAUAAUGGAAAAGGAGGUCAUCCAGUGAACUGCUGGUCUUAAAACAGUGCGGAUGGUAAUUAAAUUGGUCAUUCAAAAAUAUGUGACCUUGCCCUACGCGCUCGGUCAUUAUUUAUUUGUUUAAGAAUGCCUCGGAGCCUAAGGCGUUGUGCUAUAUAGACUGUCAAGUACGUUGGAACCUCGUUAUACCGAGGACUUCGUCAUGUAGAGGUUCGUUAUAUUGAGGUUCCACUGUAUGAGCUCGGGCGAAACUAUUAUUCUGAAGAAUAAAUUGAAUCUAUCAUGAAAGCGGUGUCCUUUUAAAAUAAAUAUUGUGAAUAUUGUUAAUAUUGUGAAAGUAAAAACAAAACAAAACAAAAGCCACAGACGUUUGAUGUGUCUACAAUGAAAGCAAUUUCAAAAUUUACUUGCCGGUUAAUUAAGCUAUGAAGAAAUGUAAAGCCACUCAACGCUACUUCUUGUUUAUUUUCCUUUGAGUGUCUACUUACCAACGAUUUCCCAUCCUCUAAACCUGAAACAAAGAAAAUGAUGGUUCCUGAACUUAUUGAGAGAGGCGUUCAUACUUCAGGAUUAAGUCACUCCUUUUACCUGCUUUCUUUAAGUCACGACCCUUCAACCAUCGCUUUCCGCUAUUUCGCAUCAAUUACGAAGUACAUGUACCGCAUUUGAGGAUAGUGUCUCAACAAGUUUGUCGCCGAUUGUAGGCGCCGAGCUAAAAGUAUGUGACGUAAUUUAACAAGGUUUUUGCACUGAUAAACUCAUGGCCCUCGACACUUUAUAACAUGAAAAAACGACGGACUAGGCCAUAUUACAGGUUUCUGUGUCAUUUGUGGUGUUCGUCACAACAGUUUAUUUAUUCAUUUUUUCUUUUGGUUCAAAACUACCUAUUCUAGUAAUUGACUAGUCAGGUCAAUAACCAGCGUUUAAUAACAUCAACUGACGUAAUACAACUCACUUUGACUCUGAAGAUGACUGCCGCACAGGUUGUCGAAACAUCAGUUACUGUCAACAACAACAGUCCUAUUCAGGACUGCACUCACCCGGACGAUCAAAUCCCAUCUACUUAUGAACUAACCAUUCUAUCAACUUGUUCUUUAGAGCCGCAUCUCUCUACUCCCCUCGUCAGCUUUUCCAGAAGUCCACCAUGACGCAGCGGUGGCAGAAAGGAGAAGUGUCCAAUUUUCAGUAUCUGAUGUUUCUUAACACUAUCGCCGGUAAGUUUCCAGAUAAAAAUUAAAGUAAGUAGGGAUGAUUUUUAGUACAUCUCUAUGGCUGGUCUCCGAAGUCGAAAGUGGCAACUGCUUUAACUCUGUCGUGGUCGUGUGUCGAUCACGGUGGCUGCGCUCUGCUGGCGGCCUUCAGCCUACGCGACAAAACUGAAAGGUCGUGUGGGUAGCUGAAUUUAAAUCUCUUUAAAUUUGGGUCAUAACUUCGUGGUUGUCAGUGCCACAGAAGGGUAUAAAAGCUCACAAACGUUUACCUUUCCCGUUUUAUGGCAGAAGAAUCGUUCUUCAUGGCUAGGUUUGGGAAUUUUUGAAGGAAAUUUCCCAUACUGCUUUUUUCUUGUGGCUAAGGCUUUCCGACAACUUUAACUGGAAUAGCUGUAUGUGUAAUGGUGACUUUAAAGCCCGGUGAGCUUAUUUGUAAUCAUCAAAUAGUGAUCAGUACAAUAAUUGUUUAUUGUCGUGCUGUUUCAGGCCGGAGCUUCUGUGAUCUUAAUCAGUACCCUGUUUUUCCUUGGGUAUUGACCAAUUACGAGGCAGACUCGCUAGAUUUGACGGAUCCUAAAAUCUACAGAGAUCUUUCAAAGGUAAAAGGGCAAUUUGUAUUUUUUUGCGGACAGCGCUUUAAGAAGUACUUUAUGUCACACAUGUGUGAUAUGUCACUAGCUUCUAGUAUCGCUUUUAAAUAGCCAGAAAGCAAUUUUGCCAUAGUUUUGUUACCAGUUGCUGUAUAAGUCUCCUGAACAUUGAAACUUGUAUUUGUGUAAGCAGAUGACUAGGCCGAAAAAUGAAUGGUUUGCAAAAUUUAACCUUUAAUUAACUUUAAUUUUCUCCUCUAAUCUGUGAAAACAUAAAUAUAAAAACGGCUAUAGUUCGUUCUCUCUUUUAGAAUUUACUUGACAGUAUGUGCAGCUGUUUUAUAUUGUAUCCAAACAACAGGAGUAACUGUGACCCUGUUUCAGGCGUUCAGAUAGCAGGGUUGGCUUGUAAAAUAACUCUUCUUUUUUUUACGCUUUGCUCUCUAUUUCGCGCCGCUUCAAUCCAAGCAAAAUGGAACAAGCAAGCUAAAAGUAAAACCCACGUUAAGAACAAAUUUUAUCAAACUCUUUACAAAUUCCCCGAAAACCAAAGGUGUCACAGCGCAACAAGCUGCUUAUUUCUAAUCCGUCAUUUACCUAUCAUUUUGUAUCGAUCUUAGCCUAUAGGAGCCUUAAAUCCCACAAGACAUGCGCAGUUCAUCGAGCGUUACGCUUCUUGGGAUGAAAAUGACGACAUCCCACCGUUCCAUUAUGGUACCCACUAUUCUACAUCCGGGUUUACACUGGCUUGGAUGAUUCGCGUGGUAAGUUGCACUAGUUUCUACCUGCAGAUUUAGUCUGCUGCCAUAUUUAAAGUCUAACGCCUCUACUCAAAUUAUUUGUUAACGGUUUUUGUAAACUUUUUGUGGCUCCUAUUUUUGAUAUUGCUCUUGAUAAUAGGAAAAAAUCAUAUGCAUGAUAAUAAAUGAUAACAAUUAGUCAAUCCUUGAAUAGUUUCGUGAAAAAGUGAAAAUAUCACUGCAGUUUAUGGUCCCUCUGAAAUUACAACUACGUGACUUUAAAGGAAAUAUAAGAACAUUUCAGCUUUUACUAUAUUAUGACAAACGUAUUUUUAUAUUCCUUUGAAAAUUUUUUUUUUUUUGUAACAGGAACCAUUUGCCACCCAGUUUUUGAAUCUUCAGGGAGGAAAAUUUGAUCAUCCAGGAAGAACUUUCUGUUCCAUCAUCCGCUCUUGGCACAACUGUCAGCGCGACACCUCAGAUGUUAAGGUUAGUGUUUAAACCUCCUGGAAGCCUUAAGCGAAGGGCUUGUUUCUCGCUUUUCAGUAUAUUCCAGGUUGCGUAAGGUAAGGCACGGCGGUUUUUGUCGUGUGAUACUUUGUGGUUUUUUUUUGUACCCUGCCUUCUCCAAUGGAAAGGUGGUCCAGUAUUGAAUACUCCUCCGGACCCAAGCAGUGUAACCCUCGUACUUAUUUAUAGCCCUCUUGUGGCUGUAGACGUUUCGGACAAAGUUUUUUCUCCAACGAGACAACGCCUUGGGGUGACUAGAGAAAACCAACCAAAAGUAUCACUAAACAAACUUUCCUUCACAAAACAUGGAAACGCUAACGUUAUUGAUUCAACCUUCCAGAAGCAAUUAUCAGUUGCAUUAGCCAGGAAAAGGAGUUUUACUUUAUGUAAUGCUCAUGCAUAUUCCUCGCAAUACUCCCAGCCUUGACUUAUGAGCCCUGGGUAGGGGAUGGGGGGGGGGGGGGGUAAAAAAAAAAUCAAAAAAAAAACGUUUCUUCUCAAAAAAAUGGAAUACCUUAAUUUUUUUAUUUCCCCUUCACGAAAUAAUUUUUUGUUUGGUUGUGACAGAAAAGUGUUUUUUUUUUUUUUUUUUUUUUUUGUUUUUUCUCCAAAUACCCCCCGUCUUUGGGUUGGGGGGCGGGGGGGGGGGGGGGGGGGGGGGGGGGGGCGGUACUGCUAUAUAUGGGCUAUAUAGGUAUGUGCCGCUGUGAAGGGCAUGGUUUUCAAGCGGUGUACUCUAGGAUAGGGUAUAUAAAUCAGAGUUUGGGUCUAGAAUAGGGUAUCAUUUUUCAGGAAACUAAUCAGUUGGUUGAAGAUUUUAUCUAGACUAGGGAUUGUGGUAUAAGGUUUUGUUUUGGCUAGAAUGUGCUAGUGACCUCAGUAGUUUCUGGAAAACAGCUACUCUAGAAUAGGGGGGAUUUGGGGAGUUUACUCUUGUAUAGGUUAGCAAAAUUCAACUGAACUAGCUCUGGUAUAGGUUAAUGGUUCCAGGGUCCCAGCGGCACAUCCCCACCCAGAAAUUCCUAAAGUACCCCCCUUCGGGCUUAUGAGAUGGCCUCGACCUAAAGUAAGGUUGACACGUUGUUCAAUUCGCUGUGUAAAUCUAAUUUGUGGAAACAAAUGGUGUUGCUUUAUAUUUCAGGAACUAAUUCCAGAGCUUUACUAUUUGCCUGAGAUGUUUGUUAACUCAAACAACGUAAGUCACAUUUUAAUCUCAUACGUUUUUUUUUCUUUCUUGAUACCCCCCCCCCCCAUUUUCCAAUGAAAGCGUCAAUCUUAGUCUUCAGCGUCAUUAAUGCUAACAAGUUUUACAUGUUUCUUUGAUGACCUGGCAAUUUAUUCCUGCUCGAGAAAAAAAUUCUUAGGUUGAAACGAGGCUUUAUAAUGCUUAAAGUGUCCGACAGAAAAAUUGCUGUUGACCCAGUACUUUGCAUGUCAGUGAUAAACCUGUUUAUCAGGAUUAAAUACAUGUGACGGAAGUUCAGCGCUAAGCCCGUGUCUAUAUGCGAGCUGUAGCCGGGUGUUUGUCAUUAUGCGAUUGCAGCCAGCUGACGCAUUAAACACGAUUGUUAGCAUUUUCUUUUCACCAACAACUAUGGUAAGCUUUAAGUUUGACACAUGGUGUACGACCACUAAACUUAUAGAAGCGAGUGUGGAUACCCUCCAGAAUAAGGAUCUCGAUACCGAGGAAGCCCUACAAUUCCUACGGACUUGCAAAUAAGGACAGAAACACACAUUUUAGGUAAAGAUAACAAACUGGUCGGAGACUAACCAGUUGCCCUUUUGCGAGCAUGACCUUUGAGUUGAGAUUGGGGCUACAGAGAACAACCACUGCUGGCAAUCAGAGAAGGGCUUCAGCCAGGGGAAACCCGAGUUUAAUUCAUGCACCCUUAACCAAUCAUUGGCCAUGCUAUUGUUCAACGGCCAUUAAACGAUUUUUCGUCUUCAAAACUUUCUUUUCGCGUUGUUGUCUGGUUGGUAAAUAAUGCUUGUUUCAGAUUCUUGUUUCAUUUGUAUCGUCAGUUUAAAGACCGCAGAUAGACGAUUAUUAGUAGAAACUUUGAAGAAGAGUUAAGAAGGCUUAUCUUAGCUUUCUGAUUUCAGUUUACGUUUGGUAUUGAUGAUGAUGGAGUGGUGAUUGAUGAUGUAGAGCUUCCUAAAUGGGCGGCGUCACCGGAGGAGUUUGUGAUGCUUCAUAGAGCGGUGAGUGAUAUACAUUUGAGUAAACAUAUUCUGUUUACUGCAAGAUUAUUGCUGUAGUGAGGUCUUUCUCUACAGAUUACCCUCUUGAGACCAAGGACAGUUUGUUACGUUCCUAGCGGUUCUUUUUCCCCGAGAGUGUGGUUGAAUAAAUAUACUGGGGUAGUGGGCAUGCGGUUUUCCAUUUUUUUAACCUUAGCAGCUUCCAUGCCUUGAAACGCAGUUUCCAACACGCCCAGAUGCAUUUUUUGUGAAAUCUGAGAAAAAAAGACUGUUCGAAUCCCUUCUCAAGGCACUCUUCGAUUAGGGAUACCUGUGGUAGAAGCUGACCUAAGAUUCGAUGAGUUUCACUGGGUUGGUGUUGUGUCGAAUUGCACUAUGGGAACGUUUUGGGCGGACGAAUUUGGAUCCAGUCUCCAACGCAACUUCUUAGAAGUGAUAGCGUCAUCAGUGUAGACCCAUGGUGCAAUUCGACGAAAUACUAAUCCAGUCUCAUGCCCAGCCUUGAAACGGCUGGAAAACUGCACACCCAUUCCUCCCCUUACCCAACCUUUUGUCCUAAGUUUGAAGUUAUGGUUAAUAUUGGGGUGAGGGAGGGGUAGGAGGGCAAGUUCCCAGAAUCUUAGACUGAUCCGUCUCUGAAUCUUGGAAUCUGACCGUAGUGUAAUCUGAUUAUCUCGUAGGCGUUGGAAUCCAAGCACGUGUCAGCUCAUCUACACGAAUGGGCCGAUCUGAUUUUUGGAUUUAAACAGAAAGGUGAAACGUCAAAACUCUUGUCCAUUUUUUUUUGGUUUCAACUCAAAGAGUACUCUUUCUCAGCUUUAGAGCUAAAAUUGGACCAGGGAGCAGUAUUAUGUAAAGGCAGCACUCACAAGUUUGUACUGUAAAGCGAGCCCUGGGCCAAAAAAACUAGAGAGAAAGCCUCCGUGGAGUGCAGGGACAAAGUACUAACUUUGGACUAAAGGCCCAUUCUCCCGACUCCAAACAGCAGACUGUUGAUAAAAAAAGUGAAUUCCAUUUCCAAAGAGAGUUUUUGCAAUUUUGUAAUUGAUGAAUACUCCAGGACAACACUCUUCGGCUUCUUCGUUUACUUUUAUACGCCGUUAUAUACGUGUCGCUCCUUGGAGAACUUGACCUGGUGUUCCUGUUUGAUCUAAUCGCCUUUCAAGUAUCGAUGUUCAGUGAAAUUUCGAAAAGUUUGAAGUCAUGCCGAGGAAGUAAAAUGUCGCUUUGUUUUAAAUUGGUCAUCCUAGUCUUGUUGGACAAGCUGAAACCUUACUGUCCUUUUUCUGCAAUAAAAACUGUUUUUGUUGCUCCUACAUCAGGUCCAGAGGCUGUGAAGGCCACCAACGUGUUUUUUCAUUUGACUUACGAAGGCAGUGUGGAUCUGGACUCCAUAGCUGAUCCCGUUAUGAGAGAGGUAACUUCAGCGAAAUUCAAUCUGAAAAAAACGGCAUAUACUUUGAACGCAUAAAGACUGGAAAAUUUUGUUUCAUUGCAGGCUGUGGAGCAACAAAUAAAAAGCUUUGGUCAGACGCCUUCUCAACUGCUUCAUGAACCACAUGUACCAAGAAUUGUCCCAGAAUUCCAGGUAUUGUGUUAACUCUUUCGGAAUGUGAGAUGAAUAUGAAAUGAGUUUUCUCCUGUUGUAAUGAAGCGUUCAGUACAGGCAAUUUUGGAGUAGACUGGAACGAGGCCCCCAGAAUUGUUGCGCGGAAAAGAGUAUUACGUGGGAGCGAGCAACUCUGCCUCGCAUGUGUGCCUCGCUCUCUCGCAUGUAACCUGCUCGUUCCGGCGGCAAUCCUGAGGGAUUACUAGCAGUCUAUUUUUGGAGGGCCUUCGAUCACUAGAAAUCGCUUGGGGUGUGGUGCAGGAGUCAAAGAGGGCAUGGAACGGGGCGGGGAGACCCACUGCACCCAGGUCUUUCAUUCAGCCUUAUUCGCCACUUUAGAAACCAGAAAGAAAGUGGGCCAAGGAAACUUUCGCAAAGACUUAUGGUACUGUUCCCUGGGACAGGGGAUAAAUGGCCAAUAACUGUCCAGCGCCUGCCCAGUAACGGGACUAAUGGCUCCAAUUCCCUUCCCGUUUCUAAAGCGGCGAAUUCGCACUCUUUUGAUCUCAACUUCUACUCUCCCCAAUCUACCUCUGUUUUCAAAAUCAAAUGGCGACUACAGACAGGCAGUACUAAAGCCUGGUUUUCACUAUUGCAUAAGCAUAACAAUAAGGACAUACACACGCGCAAAAUGCAUAUUUGACUCAAUUCUCGAUACCAGCUCCUCUCAACCCGAGGAUAAACAAGAUGGCGGACGAUUCGUCCGCCAUAUUGCUUUUGAUAUGUUCGCAUGAGGUCUGGGUCAAAGUGACAUAUGAUUGGUCCACGGCCUUGUGCUUAUGCUAAUACUUAUGUCAACAUAAAUGUCAACACCGUUUUCACUAGUCAAAGCUACGACAUAAGCAUACGCACAAGCACAAAAAGAACGAACUUGUCCGUUUUUCUUGUGUUUAUGCUUAUACUUGUGUCGACCCAGUUUUCACUUGCUUACACAUGUCCUUGUGCUUAUGCUUAUGCGCUAGUGAAAACCAGGCUUAAUUGUCCGAUUGCUAGAAAAAUACGCAUCAGCACAGGAAAGUAGCAAUUGAAAUAUCGUGGAGGAUAGUGAAGAGAAGGCCCGGCUGUAGACAGUCUCGCCUUGUGCUUCGAUUAAAAAUCGUUGAAGUCGGUUGAUUUGAUAUUGAUUGGUUGAUUCCGCACAAUUGUAAAAUAAUAAGGAGAUUUGGUGCCAGACGUUUACUCUGGGGAUGUAGGAGCUCAUCGAAUACGACAACUCUGAUUAAUAUAGUUUUACAGACAAGUUCUUAGGGUUUAUAGUGAGGCUGGGGAGUUGUUACUCCGCACAGCGGAGGUUGCUGGAAAGAUUUAGACAGCGUAGGUAAUAUCCUCACAAAAAGCAACUUUGCUUUGUUGACUAAACUUCUUGUAUCCAAGAAAGGGCGCACGUUGUGACAGCAAGAGAAACGCUUUACUAUUAAAAUAGUAAAGCUAAAGUCAAAUCUUUCAGCUUCGGCCUUUUUAAAACAUCUACCUUUACGUUUCUAUGCAUCUACUCGCAAUUGCAUGACCAUUUUAUUACCGUCAAGAGUUAAGGUGUUAAUUUUUCUUUCUUUCCUCGUUUGUUGUAGAAUCCUCAGGAAGAAGAGCCGUUCAAAAGUAAGUUGAUUACUGGUUGUAAGCUUUUAGAUUUCUUAUCGCGAUGCAGAUACAAACCCUCGCUAAGUUCGUUACGUGAGUGUGUGUGUUUUUUUGGAUCUCUUUUCUUCUGUAACUCAUUUAGUUGCUGCUUAACUGUAGAUAUCUCUUCUCCUUUAAUUUCUUUAUUAAAACUCGCGCCAUUUUUGCCACUUCUCAGAUUUGAGUAUUCUCAUCUUUCUCUUACCUGUGAGCUAAUCCGAAGGAACUAUAUCCAGGGUGCUCCUUGCAUAUUUCUACGGUACGAGCAUAGACGUUUCCAGUGACUAAGUAAACAUCUGGAAGAAUAUGACUAAUAAUGAACUUCUUUUAGUUAUUUUGGCCUCUUUCUUGAGAAGGGAUCACCAUAGGAUAUGUUCACACGGCGCCGGACGAAUUUUCCACCGGCUGGAAAAUUUGACUGGACACUAAGUUCGUUGGCGGAGGAGGCAGCGUGGCCGAGUGGUUAGAGCGCCGGACUUGUAAUCCGUAGGACCGGAGUUCAAGUCCCGCCCUGACUUCUAGCUGGAUUUGUUCACGGUAGUCCCGAGUUCAAACCCUCGACCAGCCUUGUAGAUAUCCAACUGGUUCGCCUCCUACCAGUCGGGAUUCUUAACGUUGUUUCUUUCCAUUUAAGUUUAUUUGCUUCGUUAUCCUUGAAAAGACACAUAAGGGGAGAUGAUCAAGAAAGAAAGACAAAAAGAGCAGAACAUUUCAAUAUUUUCCCCUAGACUUCUAAAUUUUCACACAAUCAAGGUGGUUCUUUGUGAGCGGAACACCUUAACGCACGAAUUUCCAACCAAUUUGAAAUUCUUUCUGUGCUUAUCCUGUUCACAGACCCUCUAUUUUCUCUUUGGAGAUCGUCGAGCGCGCGUAUGAAAUAAAACCGAGGGGGAUUUAUUGACCGCUGGCUCGCGUGGUCGUUGAUUCUCGAAAAGACAGAAAGCAAGCAACGUCUGUGUACGGGCUAUCCUGUACUGGGUGAACGUAACCACAGAAACCAGAUCAUCACCAUUGGGCACUCACUCGUUAUUUUGUAAAGAGCAUACCUUUUGCACACCCUAUACGGUAUUAGUACUAUAUUGUUAUUCAGGUUCUACCCACUGUAUAUGGAACUCAACACUACGAUGAUCUCUUACCGUCUAAUAUCCUUUCUUCAGGUAUAUAUCUGACUUUUAAAGUCACAGCUGAUGUUCCUGUAACUCAUGUGGCCGCCAACACAGACUCUACCGUCCCCUCCCCUGCCGUAGUGACGAUUAGUUGUAACCAGUGUUUCUCGGUCAACAAGUGGAUUAUGUCAGGUGAGGAAUUUUGUUGGCGCUACCUCUGAAUAAUGGAUAGACUGGUAUUUGAGAGAAUGUUAGCGCAAGUAUCGUACCACGACAGAUUUGCUAUUUACUACAGGGAUUUUUUUAAAAAUCUUCUCCGCUGCAGGGUUAGCCCAAGGGAUAGAGCGCUGACCUACAAAGUGGGACUGGUCACGGGUUCUAUCCCCUGGCCCAGACUAACACUCAAGGCCCGGUUCCUCGAAAGAUGGUUAAGUUUAACCCAGGAUUAAUCCAAAUUUUAAGCAAGGUUUUUGUCAGUUGUAUAAGAAGGUGUAACUUGAGCUUACAAAAUACUGUUGUGCCUUUACUUCGAAAAACAGAAAUGAUAACACAAACUGUUACUCUAAGCAAUGUAUAAGAAGGUAAAUACGAAAAGUGGGACAAAAUUUUAAUCUUGGAUUAGUGCUUAUCGGCCUUUUAGAACGGGGCCCAGGGUUCUAAUUUAACUGAGUAGUGAAGGUACUGAGUUUGCCCUGCAAACGGUCAGAUCUUUUCGUGGCUUGAGUGAACAAAAGUUGAAGAAAGUUAUUUUUUUUCUUUAGGGGACAUGAAGCAAAGUCUUCGUGGUGUUCAAGUAGAGCAGGAUCCGAUGCUAAGUAAGUUUAAGGGGAACUGUCUUGUCCUCAAAGCUUUUUCUUUUGUACAGCUGUUUUAACCGCAAAUGCUCUCUUAAAUUAGCGCCUCCUUUAAAUAUGCGCCCCCAAUCCUCCCGCAAGAAAGAAAAAAUUCCUUGAAUAGAGUGGUUUUCGUUUGAGUGUCGUAAAACCAAAACCAAAGUAAUUACUCUGGCCAAUCACAUAGGACACAGACAAUACACUGAACCAAUCAAAACUCGAAGUAAUUACAUGUGGCUGACGCAAAGCGCGGGAAAAUGCAUGCGAGCGCGUCACAAUUGGCUUUGGUUUUACUUCUGAUUGGAUGAAAAGGUGGCGCGAAUCUUUUAAGCCAAUCGCAUCGUGUAGAAAGUGCAAAACCAAUUACUUUUCGACACUCAAAUGAAAACCGCUCUAUAGGUUAUAGACUGAAGUAGAGCUAAAUAAUUUUAAUACUAGAACUUAGAAAACACAGGACUUUGGAAAAGACCUCACACCGACUGGUGUUUCUCCUUAUAGCUUCGUCCUAGUUUAAAUUUACAGUAAAAAUUCUGUUUCAGUCUCUUUUUAGCGUUCAGCACGUGUGCUAAAAUUCGGUGGCUUACUUGAGAUGUUGGGUUGCCUACGAAGAAAAACAAAACUUGUUGACUUUUAAGCUGUUUUACGGGGUCGCAUUAUCCUAUUGGACCUGCAAUAGAUCAGGCCAUGAGACAAGAAGUCGCUAAAGAGAGCUCUUACUAGCCGGGGUUAGUUACGUCUGCGACCCAGGCUACGAUCGCUUGCGAUAGGUUUCGUUUACGAGAGCUUCUGGCAACCCUAGUGCUUUAACUGUAUUUUGGCUCAUGAUCUUGGAUAAGUUGCUUGUAUUGUAAUGAGGAUGUUGUUUGAUUUUGUUGGCAGUGACACCCACUGGUCGACACAGGCGACAGCUUGGUGAACCGUUGGACCAGUCUGUUACACCUACCGCCUGCUGUUUUGUGGUAACCGCUGAUAACAAGCACAUCAUGGCUUGCGGCUACUGGGAUAACAGCUUCAAGUGCUUUUCGGCGGAUAGUGGUGAGGCUGGUAUUCUUGUUUUUGAUAUACGUAAAAUCAUCUUAUCGAAGGUGUCAUGGAGAGUAGAUUUUUUGUCUUAAGGCCAAGGAUCACGGAGAGGAUAUAUUUCAUUGAAAAUAUAGACCGAGGUAACUUAGCGUUUGCUUGGAAAGUAUCCGGGAGGCCGCUGCUUCUUCUAACAGUGAAGAUAAUAUACGUCUGUCGUUUAAGGAGGGAACCUCAGUGGCUAUAAACACCUGCAGUUGUCAAGACUGAUUAAUUUAUGUCACAUUUUCGGGUAUGAUCCCAGCUCAACCAACUCCUUACGGAAACUGUCAUUGUCGCGACUGCGAGGGAGUAUUAUUGGUAACAUCUGAUUACAAUUAAAGGUGUCCGUGCAACGUAUCCUAGAAAUCCCAUGUUUUCUCCAAUUCAGUUUAAGUACGACCUUACUUUGUUUCGCAGGAAAAUUGACACAGUGCGUGUUCGGUCACUGGGAUGUAGUCACUUGCUUGGCAUACUCACGUCACGUGGGUUUAACUGGAGGAGAUGCGCUUGUGGUUUCGGGAUCACGGGACGCCACCGUGUUAGUUUGGCGUUGGAGUGAGCGGCUUCAGAGAGUCACCGCAUGUUACCGUACGGAGGGUAAGUAGUAGCGUAGAGUUUAACCACUAUGGAGGCAUUGAGUUUCGAUAACUCGAGACACCUUCAAUACACGUACAAAGUGAGUGUGUUUGUCCACCAUCGUUUAUCCAGUUACAGACUGGAGCCCGCAAUCCUUUCUCCAUGUUACUAUUACGCAUGCGCAGCACGUACGUAGCCAGCAUUCGUUUUGACUCUGGACUAGAAUGAAGUGAAAUGUAUAGAAUGCAAUUAGAUCACGCGCGUUUGGACCUCAUGUCUUUUGAAAUCUGAUCACGCGUGUUUUGACCUAUCGCCUGAAACUUACGCAAAACGCAGCGUAAGAGCAAGCAAGCAAUUCAUGUGGAUGAAUCUGACAUGGAACUAUUAAUUUUUAUGUAUAUAUAAGGAAUGCGGUCUAUCGGUUGGCAAGACGGCUGAGACGAUAGUGGAUCAUAAGUUCUUAGUUCUUUGAAACUAAUGUACUUUGAAAACUGGAGCUCUAAUGUAAUCAUCUAAUUCAAUGAAAAUUAGUGUUUACUACGUUUUUUUUCAUAGAAAGUGGGUUACUAUUCCAGAUCCGAGAACUGUCUUUAUUUAAAUUGCGCCUGUUAUAUGCUUAUGUUAAAACUAAUGUAAGUUUGCUUCUUUCCCAAGGAGAUCAUCCUUCCCCUCUGGCCAUUCUUACGGGUCAUGAACAGCCAGUUGUCUGCGUGGAUGUCAGCGCUUCCUUAGGAAUCGUGGUCAGCGGUUCACAGGGUAUGUUGGUAUCAUAGCAACUACAGUAAACAUACUCUGGUAAUUGAUUCGCGCAGGGGUCAUCCGUCCAGGCCAAAAGGUCUCACCCAAGAUCAUAGACCCCCUGUGUCAUUCGUUACUAAGUCUGGUCCAAAAAGCUACACGCUUCACAUUUAGCUGUUCCCGCGGAGCUGGUGUAGUGUGUUAACGUUCUUCUUGUUGGUGUAAAUCUGUCAAUUUUAUUUCUUUUAGAGGGGCCUUGCCUUCUACAUACCACUACAGGAAACCUGUUACGCACCUUGCGAGGGCCUGGGGAGUGCAUCAGACCGAGGUUAUUGAAACUGACCCGUGAUGGUCUGGUGCUAGUUAACUACACUGACGGUACAGGCCAUCUGGCUGUUUUCACAAUAAAUGGCAAGUUACUGAGCGAGAAGAAACUUGACGAUCAGAUGCUGGUACGUAAUGUUCUCAUUAAAAAACGUAGUUUGUUUUCGGUCCUCGGUUUUUCCUUAUUUUAAACGUUCGUGAAAUUCUAAGACAGUUGACAUUUCAAGGGGCUAUGUCGUGCUAUUUGCUAUCUUUUUAAAAAGCUAAAACGGUGGCAUUGAGAAAUUAUUCCUGGCCGUUUGGGUUGUAAGCCCCGGCAUGCCUCGCGUGGUGACCGACAGAUGACCGAUGGUUAUUUGCAGGUCAGUUACGACUAGAAAAAAGUAACUGUGUUUCUGUUUUUCAGACGCUCGCUCUUAAUAAAGAUGGAAAUUUUUUCGCGUCCGGUGGGUUUAGUCGGUACUUACGGAUAUGGAGGACUCAUGAUUUGGCUUUGCUUCAUACCUAUCCACCUUGUGACGGCAGCAUCAGAGCUCUAGCCAUCUCCACUGAUCAGAGGUACGGUGAUUAUAAUGUUAGUGAGGGUUUACAAACAAUUACAGAUCGGUCGUUUUGUCGCUUGCUUCCGCACACGUGUAAUUCCCCGCUCCAGACACUAUAA